AUGGACAUGCUGCCUUCUGCGUGGUUUUGUCUGGUUGAUGACUUGGGGGCUGGAAGAUCCCCUGGGAGCCUUCGCAACCGAGACCUGAGACGAACGGCAUGCAACGCACAGCCUGUUUCGAGGGAGAUGCAGAGCUGUGACCUUGAUUGUUGGAGAAAUCUCUUCGGCCCGCAGCUGCACUUAAAAGUGGAGCGCACCCUGAUUCCGCCCAAAGCGCCUACGAGGUGUCCUGACCAGCGGCGGGGGACAAAGGCCAAACGGUGCUCCAAGCCGCGCGACAAGUUCCGCGGCGAUAAAGGGACGCCCUCAGCAAGAGUCAGGAAAAGAGACAAAGUGCUCCAAGAAAGCAAUGCUCGGCGUCGGCGAAAGCACAAGUCGCCAAAAGCAAAGCUAGUCAGACCGAAGCCGGCAACGCCUGCAAAAACUCGGGUGACUGUAACUUUGAAGCUACCAGGAUGCAGUCCUGUGAGAGGCGUUGCUGCGUCUACAGCGGAGGCCGAGAAAAAAGCAGCUGCCAAAUUUCGGAGCAUGCUGCACAGUUCACCUGGCAGUUCAGAAGACUUUCAGUCCAAGCAAACACUGGAGAAGAAUCUGGCCAAGAUGCUCGCCAGGGCUCGCAAGCACUACAACUUUAGUUCCAGUCUGCUCACUGGGGCUUGCAGGCAUUGCAACUUUACUUCACUACCGGAUGAAGAUGCAUGUCAUGACAACCUCGAACUGCUGAAUGCCAUUUUCUUGGCAUGGCUGAACCAAGAGGGCAAUUCAACCCCGGAAGAGGAUCCUUGA